UUCAGAUGCCCCGAAUCUGAUCCCAGGAUGUCCAUGUGAUAUAACCUUGGGGUGGAUGUCCAGUCCACUUUUCUCCAACUUUCCCCUGCCCAUCUGGGCCCUUGGGGAUCCUUUGAGAAGUCCAGUGUUCCCACGGCUCUGGGGUCGUGAUAUCUUGCUCAUCCCACCCCUGGCUCUCUCCUCAGGCGGCAGCGGCAAGGGGGCAGAGGACCCAUUCCACUAUGACUACGAGACUGUCCGCAAAGGGGGCCUGAUCUUCGCCGGCCUGGCCUUCGUCGUGGGGCUCCUCAUCCUCCUCAGCAAACGAUUCCGCUGUGGGGGCAGUAAGAGACACAGGCAGGUCAACGAAGAUGAGCUGUGACAGUGGAGCCGCCAGUGCCCACCAGUGCAUGGGCACCACGGAUGCCUGUCUUCCCCAGCUGUACCCCGCUGUUCCAUCAGUCAGCACUCAGGCUGAAGGAUGUGCCAGGCUCACUAUGACCCCCUUCAUGGCCAUCCACUCAUACCUCUCAAUCCUUAACUUCCUUCCUCCCCUCCCCAACUCCUCUGACAACCCCACUUCCUGUUCCAAGUUGGGGUACAUGUGCAGCCUCAUCUCACCGGUUUCCAAUGAAUCAUUCUAGCAAGUACCUGCCAAUGAAA